AUGACAACGAUUUCAGUGCUUGAUGCUCAUCGGGCAAGUGGGAGGCUCUAUGCAUCACCAGCCCACCGGCCAGCACACCAGCCAGCACACUUCUGCAUCACAGACCAAGUCGUGGUUCCCGUCAAAGGUCAGCGUCUACUGAAGGAGAGGGGCGAGGGAAACGGCAAAGAAGUUGGCGGGCUAUGGUCGGUUCGAGGAGCAUAG